AUGAGCAGAUUCAUUUGGUUUGGGGCGUUGGCUGUGCUAUUAGACACUGGGUCUUUUACUGUGGAAGCAGUCACUCAUCUCGAUCAAAAAGCACGAACACACUCUUUGGCAUUGACGGAACAAGACAAUCAUACUCUGCCAAAUGGAACAGCAAUUCUGAACGUUACGGAAGAAAGUUCGACUUACACUGAAGCAGAGAAAGCUGUGAUUGAAGUGAUUCUCGAACACGCUCCAUUAUUUGUGCGUCAAGACGUUGCAAUGGUAGCGCGUCAAGAAGCCGCAAAGAUUCAAGAAGGCCUCGUGGCUGUUACAAACGACCUUAAAAAAAGUGCAAGCGAUCUUUUCGACGAUUUUAAGGUUGGAUUGAGAUCAAACUUUUUUGAAAGUGAGCAAUUUCGAAAUUGGGAUAAAAGCAUUGAGGAUUCGCCAACAAAAGACGAGAUUAUGCUAUCCGUUCUUAAUGAAAAGAUUUGUCCUACCGAAAAGGUUCGGAAUGAACUUCUUGCAGAUAAAGGCGACGGGUCGUCAAACAAUCCAACAAAACGUAAAGACACUUUAGCGAUUCGUCAGCGAUUUGACGCGGUGUUGCUUGAUCAAUGGAUUCAUAAGGAUCAAGAUCCCGUUAUCGCUAAGUCCCAACGAUCGACGUUGAUGAGAUGGUUUAUCUCUAAGAAUAUCGAGGAAAGACACGACGCGAUUGAGCUGCUAAUGACUACGCUGCUUAAUAAAGGCAUCACCCGUCGAUACCUUGCCAUUUCGAAAUCAUUCGAUUCAUCAAGUGAUGUUGUGGGGGAGAUACUUUUCUUCGCAAAGCAAGUUGACGAAAGUUGGGUAAAGUGGGCGAAAGAUUCGAUAGCGAGGAUUGACAACAUAUUUCAGAACGUUGAUAGCUUUCUGUCGAGCAAACCUGUGAAAAAAUGGUAUGAAAUUGUGUCACAGUUUGUGGAGAAACCCCAAGAGUUGCUUCUUUCUGAAUUGGUUCGCCGUUGGGACAAAACGUUUGUGACCCGUCAGCUUUACCAACUACUCAUCAAGGACCCGAUUGAUUACGAUUUGAGUCAUUUGUCAGUGGUGGAAGUAGAAGAUGAAGGUUAUCUUCUUCCUCUUUUGAAUGCAGUCAUGAAUCAACAGACGAAAGAACCCGAGAAGGUGCUUAAACUGGAAGAUCGUUCGUAA